CUUGGGGCGCCCUGGGCCCCAGCUGGCAGGAGGGGGCCUGCGCUGACACAGCAGACUGGUGUGGGGUACAGGCUUGGGGGUAGGGGGCAGGGGAGUCUCACGAGUGGGUGUGGGCUGGUUCCAAGGGGGGGAUAGCAAAGAAGCCUAGAGGGGAGCAGUGGGGAUGCAGGUGAAGGAGAGAGUAUGCGUGAACACCCCGUUCAUGGUCUGAGUGCCUGCAAAGGUGGGCAGAACACGGGCUUUGGGGGUGCCUCGGGAACAGCCCUCUGGGUCUAGGUGUGUGGAUCCUGCCUGUCUGCGGCACGCCCUUGGUCUAUAGACCCGCCCACAGGGUGUCCUCUUGGAGGUCCCACAGCCUUCCCUGUGGUCCUUGUUUCACGCCCAUGGGGUGGCAGUUGGGGUGCUCUGCUCACCCCUAGCUGAGGUACCCACACAGCGUAGGGGCCAGUGUGCCCUCCAGGCACUGCCCGCGAGGCCGAGGCUGUCCCUUGAGGGGCUUCCUGGGGGCCUCUGGCACUGUGUGUCUGCUCGAUGUCACCCUCUGGCAGGGCACUGCUGCCGCCCCCCAUGGGGACCCUCGGCCUCCCCUCUGUCCUUGCCAACACCCCCUGCAUUGGAGGCCCCUUCGCGGGGUGCUGUGGGUUCCACGGAGGGGAUCCUGAUACCCCUAACCGCCAGGAGCAGGGAGCACGCUGGCCUGGGAGCUCAGGGUGAGCGCGCCUGCCCCUGUGAAUGCACGUGUGUGCACACGCAUGUCCCUUGGGGUGAGCUCUUGAGUUUAGUGCCCAGAAUUCUUAGCUGCUUUUGAUGCCCAGGGAAAGAACCAGGGGCCGGCUGACUUCGGUGUGGGGUCCCAUCCCUGCUCUGGUGCCUGGGGACUCAGGGUGAGGUUUGCCGGCACCCCUGCCUGUCACGGCCGCGGGUGGGGGUGGCGGCAACUCUGGGCAGCGGCUUAGCUCCCACACCUGGAGUCCGGCACACUGUCCAGAGCGGGCUGCACAGCAACUGUUUUGGGCCUGGUGUCCACGCUCUGUCCCAGCGGCUCAGCCGUGCCGGUGCACGGAGCGGUGGGGGCCUGGUGGGCAGGAAGGCGGCCGGGGCAGGCGCGGCUCUGCACCAGUCGAUCCUGACUUGCCAAAACUGGCGGCGGCGGUUGGGGCCGUGGGGUCUGUGCACCCAGUGCCAGGUGAGGGCGUGACCGCGGGGCCCCCUUUCCCACCCCUGGUCCCCAAGAGUCUGAGACCCUCCUAGCGCGGCUUCCCACGACUGCUUCCCACGAGGUGCAGGAAGGCGUGUGCGCACGCGGCCAGCACAGACAUAGGGAGAGGACUCCGCUGCCGCUGUGGGUCCCCGGGACGCAGGGCCUGUGGCUGCAGGGACGGCAGGAGCCGUCCUGGGGCCGGCCUGGUCGUCCCAGGCCACAGGACAGGUGAAGGGCCACGUGCCCAGAGGAGGACGGGGAGUGGAUGCUCAGUCUCACCGUGGCUGCUCCCCCCACCAGAGCCCAGUCCCCCCGGGCCGGGAGCCGAUGGUCCUUCUCCCCGGCUGGCCCUACUGCCGCCCCCUUCUCCCUCCCUCACGGCUACAGGCUACUUAGCCCUCUGGCCACACAAAGGGCAGGAGCAGGCUGUCUGGGCCAGGUGGCCGUGGACCUGUGUUUGCUGGAUUCUGGUCAUCAAGAGAAGACAUGUACCCCUCGCCCCCCGGCCCCACCUACGGAGACUUUAGAUUCAGGGGACGGCCACAAGUAGGUGGGAACCUGAUGGGAAGGAGGAGAACCGUGAUUCCCAGGCUUUUACCAUGAAUUUGAAUUAAACAAAAAUGGAGCAGUGUUCACACGCAGACGUGCCAUCGUGUUUACUAGUUCAUUAACCUCACGACUGUGAGGACCGUGGGGAGGCGGUGCCCUCCGUGCCCGGCUCCCGGCGCUGGCGCUCAGGGGCCGUGGGGGCGGUGAUGCCAUGGCCGGUCGGCCCUUAGCUUGUCUGGAUUCUGCUGGAGGACAGCUCGUGGGGAAGUCGUUUGGAAAUUGACGCAGGAGACGCAUCCAUUCCGCGUUUCUGCUCUGGUCAGAUUCCAAGUGCGGGACGAGGGUGGGAGAGCCCUGUUCUAAGCCUUGUUUCUCGCAACUUGGCGAAGUCUGCUUUUGUGCUUGAAAACAGCAGCUUUGAGCUGAGGCGGUCUUGCAGAUUACAUCACAUUUGUUGAAAAGCCGUGCGUGCUCGCCACGGGAGAAAGGUGUGGAGUGUUUGGGCUUGUUCUCCACUGUUGGGCGCGAUGCGAAUGGUUUCCCGCUGCGCCGUGGGUCGCAGGCGAAUUACACGCGGUGACGCUCGACUUCGAGGCCUCGGGGAUGGCCGUCCACUCCGGAAGGCGCUCUGCCCGCUGAUUUCAACAACGAACCCCCCCAGGUCCGGCCUCUUCGGCCUGCCCCUGUCGGCUCCACUGCCCCAGCCCGAGGACCCCCCCGUCAACGGCUGUCAUGGCCCAGCCCCCACGGAACAGGACGGAGAGGCGAUGCAGCUGGGGACAGGCCCUCCGCCGCCUCCCUGUGGGGACCAGCCCCCCGAGACCACAGACCCCAAGCCACCCCCGCCCCUCGUGCCACCGUUCCCACCAUAUUUUGAAGGCGCCCCCUUCCCUCCCCCACUGUGGCUGAGAAGCACCUACCGGCAGUGGGUACCACAGCCACCACCCCGGACCAUCAAGAGGACCCGCAGGCGCCUGUCCCGUAACCGCGACCCAGGCCGGCUCGCCCUGAGCCCCAUUCGCCUGCGGCCACGCCAAAUACUCUGUGAGAAGUGCAAGAGCACCGUGAGCCCCCCCGAGGCCAGCGCCGGCCCCCCAGUGGCCCCUCGGCCCCGCCGGAGGGUGGGCAGCGGCCCCGGCCCCGACAGGGAGCCCCGCAAGCUCGAGGACCCUGACGGUGGAGGGGACACGACGACGGCCGCCACCACGAGGAGGAACAAGAGGGAGAGGCGGGAGGAGGACAAGGCGCGGGUGCCCCGGAGCCCGGCCAUCAAGAUCUCCUACAGCACUCCGCAGGGCAAGGGCGAGGUGGUGGAGAUCCCAUCCCGCGUGCACGGGUCCCUGGAGCCCUUCUGCCCCUCCCAGGCCCCGCACGGUGGCAGCCAGGACCCCGCUGGGCCCUCUGCCUCCAUCCCCAAGCUGAAGCUGACGCGUCCCGGGCCCCCUGGCACCAACCUGCCGCCCCCCAAGAUCCGCUUGAAGCCCCACCCCCGGGGCGCUGGGGAGCGGGAGCCCGUCUACAGGGCCGAGCUGGUGGAGGCACUCAACGGCCAUGGGCGAGGCCCCCGGGCCGGCUCACCCGCUCUCCUCGGCCACAGCUCUGCCGGCAGCGGACUGGUGGACUCUUCUUCCGGAAGCUCUGGCGAGGAUGAGGACUUCAAAAGGUGUCCCCAGGGUCCACGCGGGCGAGAGAGCCUGGCUUUCCUCGCCUCCUGCCCUGGGAGGGGGACGGAUUGUCCCCGCGAGUCAGUGUGGAGCAGCGACAGCCUGGAUGAGGCCAAAUCGUCCAGCUCGGAAGUCACAUCCCCAGACACGUGUGACCUCUCGUCGGGCGACGGUGCGUCUGUGAGGCCCUCGUCCAAGGACACGAGGCAGACGGUCCCGCCGCUCACGGUCAGGCUGCACACACAGAGCGUCUCCAAGUGCGUGACCGAGGACGGAAGGACGGUGGCCGUAGGGGACAUCGUGUGGGGUAAGAUUCACGGUUUCCCUUGGUGGCCAGCACGUGUGCUUGACCUCAGUCUUAGCCAGAAGGAGGACGGGGAGCCCUCUUGGCAAGAAGCGAAAGUCUCGUGGUUUGGUUCUCCGACUACAUCGUUCUUGUCCACUUCAAAACUCUCCCCUUUCUCUGAGUUUUUCAAACUGAGAUUUAACCGUAAGAAGAAGGGGAUGUAUCGGAAGGCUAUCACAGAGGCUGCGAACGCCGCGCAGCACGUGGCCCCGGAAAUAAGGGAGCUCUUAACCCAGUUCGAGACCUAACUGGGGCGACCAGGUCAUCGAUGAUGAGAGCACGGCUGUCCUGGAGCUUCUGACGUUGGGGCCAGGCGUGUGCAGAGACGUGCUCGGACCAUGGCGGUCAGCCUGCUCACGGUUCCCCCGAGAGGGGCAGGCGUGUCCAGCCCGGAGGACAGCGCCCCUGGAGCGCGGCGGCUCCUCUCCGUGGAAUGUACUGAGUCCCACACUCACACUUCUGUUCUGCUUCAUGAAGCUCCAGGAGCCCAGUGACACGCCCGCUGCUGCCGCCUUGCCCUUGGGGGUGCCACGGAGCAGAGUGGGGGGCACCCCAGCAUCGGGCAUCCCAGGCCAGGCCCACCGCAGGGUCUCCGUGCAGUUGAGAACCGGGGAGGCAAAGCCAGGGUCCCACCGAGCGCCUGGCACCUGCCCUCAGGGGUCGCCGUGCCCCCCCAUGCCUACCCGAGCUGUGGGCCUGGGGAGGGCACCACUUUGAGAACGCUCAGACUUCCACCGGAAAGCGACCUGGCCCUGCGUUUGUAAGAGCGGGCUCCUCUCUCCUUUUUGUCACUUUAAAGAUCAAAAAGAAAAAGAAAAAAAC